GUAAGCAGUUCCAACACCUGGAUCCUGUCAUUUUUUUUUUCAAAAUUUUAUCUCUCCUGCUAUUUCGAAUAAACCGAAGAAAUAUGAAGGCUACGUGGAUUCUGACGAUUGUUGCUUGUUUCUUAUAUUUCGAACCGAGCAUUGCUGAGCUCAAACUUCUACAAGCAGUAUUUAGACAUGGAAACAGGACGCCUACGAUGGAUCAGACAUUCUACCCUAACGAUCCUUAUGGCAAUAUGACGUAUGAACCAGAAGGACACGGUGGCCUGACAAACACUGGUAAAAUGACAGCAUACAAACUUGGCCAGUUCUUACGACUAAGGUACGAGAAACUCUUAGGACCAAUUUACUCGAAGGAAAUUAUCUGGUUUCGUGCUGACGAAGUAGAAAGAGUUGUAAUGACAGGAGAACUCGUGGCAGCUGGAUUGUUUCCGCCGGUAAAAAGGCAAAGAUGGAAUCCUGCAUUAAGAUGGCAACCUAUACCAAUAUGGGCACUCCCACAUAUGGACGAUGAUUAUCUUUAUAAUGGCAUGGAUUGUUCAAAUGCAAAAAAAUGGACGGCUGAAGUUGAUACAACAAACAGUUCCGUGGUGAAGUUUAAUCUGGACAACAAAGAAACUUUCGAUUACUUAACGGAAAAUGCAGGUGCUCUGAUCCAAGAACCAAUAGCUGGAUUCGCUUUACGUCAGAUAUUAUACGCACAGAAAGAUAUUGGUUUAAAAUUACCAGCGUGGACGAAGAAAGUUUUUCCACAUGGGAAAUUGGAUGAAAUUGCCGGGUACGCUCUUUCGAUUCAAUCUGGCACUCAGGAACUGAAACAACUACUCGGCGGAAUAUGGAUUCGUGAAUGGUUAGAUCAUGUAGACAAUUAUCUGAAUAACAGCGAUAAGCGUAAAGCGUUUAUGUAUGCCGCGCACGAAAUAAACAUCGCGCCCAUAGUUAUUGCAUUGAACAAUUACGACAACCAAGUUCCUACGUAUUGCAGCACUGUCAUGUUUGAAUUACACGAAAUGAAGAGUCAAUAUUACGUACAGGUACAUUACAGAAACAACGGUAAAAUGAGGACCCUUAAAAUACCUGGCUGUGGUAUAAAUUUGUGUCCACUUGACACUUUCAAAAGCUUCGUUGAUCCGGUGAUACCCAAAGACGUAGUAUCGUUAUGUGGGAAACUCGACUUAUGA